CUAAAUGUCCAGUGCCAUACUGUUUGAAUAUCAAGCAUAAAUUACGGCAACAACAACUUCAACAGAGAUUACAGCAAGCUCAGAUUUUAAAGAGACGUAUUGCUACUAUGCAGAAUAGAGGAAUGUCAGCAGCAGUGCCUCAGACAAGCCCUGGAAAUUCCAAUUCUUCCAGUCAGCCAUCUCCUGGUGCUCAACCUCACACUUCACCGCACCCACCUCAACCUGGCAUUGGCAUGAAACCUUCAACUGGACCCCCAGUUGGUGCUCUACAGGCAGUUCAGCAGGUACAAGCAGCUGCUGCAAGGCAAACAGCACCACAUAUGGUUGCUGCCUCUGUGAAUUACGGUAAAGGAAAUCCUGUUGUCAGUCCUCCAACUGCAAACCCAGCUUUGAUGGCCACGCAGCAGCAAAUUCAAACUCAGAUGCAAAAGCCCAUGUCUCAAAUGAUGCCUGGAGUACCUAAUCGUAUGUUAAGUAUGAGUAAUGUUGCUUGUUGGGAUGGCUCAAAUUAUAGUCAGAAUCCACCACCUCACCAAAGUCCACAACCUCAAGCUUCUCAACCAGUGGCAUUAAGACAGCCAUCACAGAUCAUGGGACCAGGUAACAUGGGCAAUUCCAUGGGGAACUCUGUUGCUGCUAUGGGACCACCUCAAGUACUGCCUAAUCCAGGGCCGUCAAUGCACAUACCAAGACCAACGCAAGCUUUGCAGCAGUUGCUUCAUACACUUAAGUCACCUGCUUCACCGCAGCAACAACAGCAGGUACUAACUAUUUUGAAACAAAAUCCACAGCUAAUGGCUGCAUUUAUCAAACAAAGGACACAACAACAACAGCAAGCCCAGCAGCAGCAGCAGCAACAACAACAACAACAUAUGUUGUUGAAUGAAAGUAAUAUGAUCGGACCUCCUCCUCAGCCUGGUGUUUGGUAUAAACACCAACCACAGUUAUUAGCCAUGCAAAGGCAACAGCAGCAACCAAAUCAGUUUCCUCAUCCUCAACCUCCUAUGUAUGCUCAACGUCCACGAAUUCCAAUUCCUAUGAGUUUUGGUCACCAGCAAGGAUUUCAGGGUGACAAUACUCAAUUCCAAUUUCAGCAACAACCACAGCAAAUUCUUAUGCAGCCUCAAAUAAAACAAAUGGCUUCACCAACACAUCCACCUGUCAGUCCUCAGCAGGGUAUUCUUGGGCACCCUCAGGGACCAGUACCAUCUCCUUCCCAGCAGCAGUUAAUGCAACAAGUGAGAUCCCCACCACCAACUGCUGCUCAACUGGCACAGACCGUUCGUUCUCCUCAGCCUAUUGCUUCCCCUAGGACUCAGGCCAACACACCUCAAAAUCAACCAAUUCCAUCACCAAGACAGCAACCAGCACCUUCACCACAUUAUCCUGCACAGACUCAAUCGCCACAUCCAAGUCUUUCUGUGGGAACUUCUGGGCUAACAGGUCCAGAUCAAAUGACUACCAAUAAUGAUAUGAUGCUUACACAUCUUUCAAAUCCAGUGUCUUCUCAUCCUAGCAUAGCCAGUCAGUUGCAGAGCCCAGUUAAUCAAGAAUUGGGACUCUCAUCUAGGGACAACAUGGACCUGGCUCAUCUAACACGAGAAGAGCAGCUUGAUAAAUAUGUUGAAAAUUUAUAACCAAUUUAUGUCCUUGUUUUCUGUUUUUUUCUCUUCCUUCCCUGUUUCUUCUACAGAACAAAAGACAACUUUUGCCGUCAAAUCUUUUAUUACCAGUGCUUUUAUAUCCAUCUCCUAAGGGUAUUAUUAGUGGACUACAGAAUAACUGUUUGCAAAGCAGAUAUAGUUUUUUUUACUAAAGAACUUGUAUAAUAAUUUGUCAUGAAAUUUUGUACAGUUGAAAUAUCUUUUGCUUUGCAUAGAUGUGAGAUCAACUGUACCUCUGUUAUAUAAAUAUGGGAAUCAUUCGGUAGCUGGAUCCUUUCUACCGACUUUUUUUUUUUUUUUUUUGAAUGAUUGUUUGCCAUGAUCUCGUAAGGUGUUCAAUUUAAAGUAUUGAAAUAAUCUUUAUUAUGUUUGUUUUGUACAGUCAUUUGUGCCGAAAGUAAGUUAUAUAACACGCACAUCAUAUCAUUUAUUAUUGAAAACAUACCUCCUACAUUCAUAAAGUAAUACCUUGAGAUCAUGUUUCAUUAGUGAAUGGAAGAUGAAUACUUUACUUUUGUGAUAUAUAGAGAAGACAAUUGGGACUAAAGCUACAUCUGUAGCUUAAUAUCUUCCUCUAAGAUGUGUUGUAUACAUUAUAUCUGAUCUUUUUGUGUGACAUUCCAGGGAAUCAGUUUUGACAAAUACUAUGGGAGAGAUGUAUGAAUAAGCUUUAUAAAUUAUUAACUGUUACAAAUAGAAAAAAGGGAUCACUUGUUAUUACUUUAAAAGUACCUUAGAAAUAUUUCUCUGUUUAUUAAGUUGCGUUAUUAAGACAUUAUAGUUAUGAUAAUACUGUUAAAAGCCAUAGAAAAAAAAUUAAAUGCUGUUAUCUUGAAGAUGUAUUUGAAAACUAAAUAAACGUGCUACUAUUUAUUUACAGCCAAACUUUGCUCUAAGACAUCCAUUCAGCCUGAAAGCAAUAAGAUCAGACUUUUUUUUUUAAAAAAGUUCUUGCCUUUUAAAAAAUUUUGAGUGCAUUGUUCAUACGUGUUAUUGUACAAGUUCCUAUUCUGUUUGAAAACUCUUUAGUUGUGUUGUGAGUUUGAAGGUAAAUCUAUCACUUGUGUUCCAUCAUUACUGCUGUAAGUUUGCUUUUAAUAUCUUAUUCUUCAUCUUUGCAACUCAAUUACUAGCAAUGCUCUAUAUAAUUUGACCUUCAGGAUUAAAAAUAAGCAUUCCCUUUCCCUUAGGUCAAAGCAAAUACGAAGGUAUUUUGAUUUAAUUUCUCUUUAAUCUACAAUCAUCCUUUUAGACCUAAUGGUCGAAAAAUCAAAUAUAAAUAAUGUUAAUAAAAUCAUGCUCCUAAUGAUAACCAGUUGCUCAAAGAUCCUCUCGCCUUCUUAAGAAGAGAAAUGAAUGUUGUGGUUUAACUGUGUGUACAAAUCUGUUCCAAUCAUUGAAUGAUGAUUUUUUUUUUUUUUUUUUUUUUUUUGUAAUAAUGGCAUGUAGCUGUGCAACUUGUUUGAAUUUCAGGAAGUAAAUAGGUGUAACUUGUUUGAAUUUGAGAAAGUAAAUAGUGAUUGCAAUUAUACUCAUAAUCAACUGGUUAUCUAAAUGACAUUUUCAAAGCUUGAAUUUUAUAUGCAUCUCUUAUUAAGUUAAGAAAACAUUGGGAUUCAUUCUGCAAAGAUUAGAACUGGAAUGUAUAUGUUAAAAGUAUGAUUUUUGAAUAUUGUGUAACAAAGUUGUAUUUAUAAAAGAAAAUAAAAAAGACUAUUUAUUUUAUUUAUUUUUUUACCCUAGAGAUAUUACAUUUAUCUACAUUUGAAGUCACUCUAUUGGGAUAGAUUUUUAUGUUUUAUGGAGCUAAAUUUCAGAUUAUUUAUUCUUCUGCCUAAGUUUCCAACCAUCACUUUUUAAUGUCUUUGUGUUCUUAAUACUCUGUGUUGAAAUGAUGCAUUAAAGAAAAUACAUCUAAAAAUUUUAAAUUGCAUAACUGUGCAUUUUGAAACUUGUACCUUAUUAGGUUAAUCUCAUCCUCCCACCAUAUGUUAUUUGAAACUAUAUUUCUUUGUUUAAAGUACAAUAAUUAGAACUAGAAUUUGUUAGAGUACACUAAUGUGUAUAUUGAGAGCAUGUUUUGAAUGUUCCAUGACAAGUAUGUAUUUAUAAGUGAAAAAAUAAAUUUACUGUAUUUAUUUUCUAUCCUGAAAACUACAUAAUUUGUGAAAUACUCUGCAUUUUCUUCGAAAUGGUGUUUCCUUUGUUUAUCUUGUUCUCAUCUAUAAAUUAUUGACUGAGUAAUUUUUUUUGCAUUUACUUUAUAAUUCUUAAACUUUUAUCACUUCAUUUAAAAUGCAUAUAAAAUUCAUAUGCGAUAAAUCUAGUUUAAAAUUAAAGCAGUAUCUGUGAUUAUAAAACCGUCUCCUUCAGACAACUGUAUUCUUUGUUUGGUUGUUGCAUAUUAUUUUAAAAAGAUAUUCAGCUAUGCAAUCCCAAACUAAUAAUGUACAAAAUUAGAAUACGUGCAUUAAAAAUGUUGUUUCCAAGUAAAACUCAAUGAUAUGUACAAAUUUUUACUAAACCCACCUAUGUUUCCUCCAUGAAGUACUUUUUAGCUUGCACUGAUUUAGUUUUAUUUAAAAACAAGAUAGUAUUGAUCAGACAUUAUACUGAUGGUUGGUUUGUACUGGGUUGGGAUGAAUGUUGCCAUCUGUUUUAUUGUAUCAUUUGCAUCGUAUCUGUACAUUGCUACUUGUUAUGUCCCCGAUGCAAAAUUGUUCUGUAUAUAGUGUAAACAUUUUGUGUCACAUUUUGAAUGAAUUUAGGAAUGUUAAGAUCUUUUUACUACUAAAUUGUAUUUUGUUUGUCUAAUAAAAGACAAUUUUGCGCAAACAUUGUAAAAAUAAAGCAUGUUCAGUUUUUCAAAGAAAUUCUGUAUAUAUAUAUAUAUAUAUAUAAUAAUAUAUAUUAUAUAUAUGUAUAUGUGUGUGUGUGUGUGUGUGGUGUAUAUAUAUAUAUAUAUAUAUAAUUAGGGAACAGAUUAUUAUCAUAUUUAAAAUUGAGCUGUAAUUAGCUCUGCAUAAUCCCUUCCCCAUUUGAAAAUCACUGCCAGGAUGGAAAAAAUGUUAAUAUGGCAAUGCUUACUAAUUCUCCAUCAUAUAUCCUGUUGCCAGUGAUAUUUGAGCUAUUGAUAAAUUUAAUGAAAUGUAAUAAACUAUAUUAUGCUCUUAGAAA